GCGCGGGUAGGCAGCGGUCGCGGGCCGGGGCUCGCACCUGCCGCGCUCCCGGCGUCCCGGCGACCCGCAUCGCGGGUUCGAGCCCCGGGGCGACCUGCUUCCUGGCUUCGCGCCCGCCGGCGCGAUGCUGUUCGACAAAGUGAGGGUGUUCGCGGUGCAGCUGGACGGGGCGCGCGCGGGCGCCGAGCCGGUGUUCCACGGGGGCCAGGCAGUGGCGGGCCGCGUGCUGCUGGAGCUGGCGGGCGCGGCGCGCGUGGGCGCGCUCAGGCUGCGCGCCCGGGGCCGCGCGCGCGCGCACUGGACCGAGUCCCGCAGCGCGGGCUCCAGCACAGCGUACACGCAGAGCUACAGCGAGCGCGUGGAGGUCGUGAGCCACCGCGCCACGCUGCUCGCGCCAGACUCGGGGGACGUCGCCGCGCUGCCCGCCGGACGCCACGAGUUCCCCUUCAGCUUCCAGCUGCCCAUCUCCCUGGUGACGUCCUUCGAGGGCAAACACGGCAGCGUCCGCUACGCCAUCACGGCCACCCUGCACCGGCCCUGGGCCCCUGCGCGCCGCGCCCAGAAGGUGUUCACCGUCAUUGAGCCCGUGGACAUAAACACUCCCGCCCUGCUGGAGCCGCAGGCUGGAGCCCGGGAGAAGGUGGCACGCUCCUGGUACUGCACCCAUGGGCUGGUGUCCCUGUCAGCCAAGAUCGACCGCAAGGGCUACACUCCAGGCGAAGUCAUCCCUGUGUUCGCGGAGAUUGGCAAUGGCUGCACGCGGGCCGUGCAGCCCCGGGCCGCCCUGGUACAGACGCAGACCUUCAUGGCCCGAGGCGCCUGCAAGCAGAAGCAGACCGUGGUGGCCAGCGUGGACGGGGAGCCCGUGGGCCCUGGGCGACGUGCACUGUGGCCCGGUCGCGCGCUGCGCAUCCCCCCGGUGGGCCCAUCCAUCCUGCGCUGCCGCGUGCUCAGUGUGGGCUACUCGCUCAAGGUCUGUGUGGACAUCCCAGGCUCUUCGAAGCUGCUGCUGGAGCUGCCGCUGGUCAUCGGCACAGUCCCCCUGCGUCCCCUGGGCAGCCGCUCGGCCAGUGUGGGCAGCCGCGCCAGCCUCCUGCAGAACUGGGGCCCAGGGAUGGAACCGCCGGAGGCCCCUCCUGAGUACGCAGCGGUGGUGAGCGAGAGCCAGCUGCCCGCUGCCUCCCCGGGGCCCGUCCCCGUCCCGCGCGACGCGGGUGUGACCCUGGAGGGGCCCUACUUCGCCUGCCUCCAGGAGUUCCGCUACCGGCCGCCCCCGCUGUACUCUGAGGUGGACCCCCACCCACCCUCGGAAACUGGGCGGCCACGCUGCAUGACCUGCUGAUGUGUGAGUCGACACCUCGGGACCAGGUUCACGUUCCUGGCCACGGCUGUCUGCUUUAGGAACACAGUCUGGGGAGGCCGGUGCCUCCCAACACUGCACAGGACUGAGGAGCAGGGCGUGACCUCUGUGGACUGGUGUCUUCCCCAGGCUUCCAGGUCUCUGCGAUUGACCAGUGCUAGGCUCCCCUACAGGGUUCCGGUCUGGGAGACAUGAAUUCAGGGUAAGCCAGAACCAGAGGGGAGGCAGAGAGCUUCCAGAGGGCAUUUCAGAUGAGGCUUUGACGUUUGAACAGGAGCUCACAGCACGUAGACAGGAAACGGCCAGAGCUCAUAGCACCCACCACCUCCAUCUUAGGGUUGGGAGCCCACGCCUGCAGGCGUCUAGUGUGAAGCCAGCGGGACCGAGGGCCCAGGGACAGACACGGAAGGGGAACGUCACAAGUCUCUCUGGGACCUGAGGGUCGAGAGGUCCCAGCUUUGGAGCUGUGGUGACAUCUGCCACAAGAAGCCCCAGGCUGCUCAGGGUCAGGACCCAGACAAGGACACAGUAGCCUGGCUGGACACCAAAGGGAAGACAGCGGCCAGGGGUAGCUGGGCCCCCUCACAGCCAUGCGCCCCACAUCUGAAGAGUCCUCCAUCACCUUUGUACACCAAAAAUGAAUAAAGUCGUGUCCGGGGACUGUCA